UUCUUUCUAUUUUACCUCCAUCAGGGUGACAGGAUGGAUUUCUCCAAACUACCCAAGAUUCGUGAUGAGGAGCAGGAGAGCAUGUUCGGAUACGUGCAUGGAGUCUCUGGGCCUGUGGUUACUGCAUCCAGAAUGGCAGGAGCUGCUAUGUAUGAACUGGUACGUGUGGGGCACAGUGAACUUGUUGGUGAGAUCAUCCGAUUAGAGGGAGAGAUGGCCACCAUCCAGGUGUAUGAAGAAACUUCUGGCGUCUCAGUGGGAGACCCUGUUUUGCGUACUGGGAAACCCCUGUCUGUUGAACUUGGUCCUGGCAUUAUGGGCUCCAUCUUUGAUGGUAUACAGCGACCUUUGAAGGACAUCAACGACUUGACUAGUAGUAUCUACAUCCCUCGUGGUGUGAAUAUCACCGCUCUUAGCAAAGAUAAAAAGUGGGAAUUUACGCCAGUCAGGAACAUUAGGGAUGUUGUGUUGGAACUGGAAUUUGAAGGUGUAAAGGAAAAAUUCACUAUGGUACAGAUAUGGCCUGUCCGUCAGGUUCGACCAGUUACUGAAAAGCUGCCAGCCAAUCACCCACUGUUAACUGGUCAGCGGGUACUUGAUGCACUCUUUCCGUGUGUACAGGGAGGUACAACAGCUAUCCCCGGUGCUUUUGGUUGUGGUAAGACGGUCAUAUCGCAAUCGUUGUCCAAAUUUUCCAACAGUGACGUCAUUAUUUAUGUAGGAUGUGGGGAGCGAGGAAAUGAGAUGUCUGAAGUACUAAGAGACUUUCCAGAGCUGACAAUGGAGGUUGAUGGAAAGAUAGAAAGCAUCAUGAAGAGAACUGCACUGGUAGCCAACACCUCUAAUAUGCCUGUAGCUGCCAGAGAAGCUUCCAUCUAUACUGGAUAUUUAAAUCCCAAAUAUUUUUUGGAAUUUGCUCUGAAGAAGUCUAACAUUUUAGACAAAAACUCUCAGGGCAAGCCAAAUGCCUCAAAGAGAGUGGAUCACAAAGAAAGUUGGCUACUAAGGAAUAUAAAAAUUGAGGGAGAGAGAGCACGAGAGACUGUUAUUCUUUCAUCCAACAUUGAGCAUAUUGAUGGUCAUGCCGAUGGGCAGCUUUUUAGAAGUAUUUCCUCUUUAUUAAAUACUAACUGUACUCCUUUUGGUGAAGACCAGUGUAAAGCCACUGCUGUGACAGAGAAACAGAAAUUAAUGAAUAAGUUGGGCCUACUUCUGAAAUUUUUGAAAAAGUUCAGAUGUUUGUCCCUUGAAAACAUAUACUUUGAACAGUGUAUUCUACUUAAUAUUGUACCUAAGGGACUUGAUUUCACAAGUUUUGAAAUGGUAUUUCACAAGAAGAUACUUUAUAUUGUGAACUUGUUGAAUUUCUUAAUAGCGCAGGGAUCAAAUGUUUUGUACAUUUUGAUCAACAAUAAAAAGUUAAUGGGCCCUUUAAGAAUGAACAUAAAGACUGAGUUGGUGCUGCAAAUGUUUCAGUCAGUACUAGCUUUGAAAUUGGAAUAUGAACAUAUUUUUGUUUCUCUGGAAAGGUUUGAAAAAACAGUAACUCGAAAGCAAAAGAAAAUUCUCAGAGGAUAUAAUCCCUUAAAGGGUGGUUCCUUUAAGCGUUUACCAUUUGCUACAUCUAGAUUACUCGCAGUAUUUUGGGGUCUGGACAAAAAGCUGGCCCAGCGUAAGCACUUCCCAUCUGUAAACUGGUUGAUCAGUUAUAGUAAGUACACUCGUGCUCUUGAUGAGUACUAUGACAAACAGUUCCCUGAAUUUGUACCUCUCAGGACAAAGGCAAAGGAAAUUUUGCAAGAGGAGGAAGACCUGGCAGAGAUUGUGCAACUUGUAGGAAAGGCCUCCUUGGCAGAAACAGAUAAAAUUACUUUAGAAGUUGCUAAGCUGAUCAAAGAUGACUUCCUGCAACAGAAUGGGUACACUCCAUAUGACAGGUUCUGUCCUUUCUACAAGACGGUGGGGAUGUUGUCCAAUAUGAUUUCAUUCUAUGAUAUGGCACGUCAUGCUGUGGAGUCAACAGCCCAAAGCGACAACAAGAUAACAUGGGCAAUCAUUCGAGAGAAUAUGGGUGAUAUAUUGUACAAACUUACAUCCAUGAAAUUUAAGGACCCAGUAAAAGAUGGAGAGGCAAAGAUCAAGGCAGACUAUGUUCAUCUUUAUGAUGAAAUGCAGAAUGCAUUCCGCAGCUUAGAAGAUUAGAGACAACAUCACCCAAUCUGUGACCUGCCCCUUUAUAUGUUCAGUAUUUAUACAACAGUACUUGCGUUUAGAAAGGAGUUAAGUACGUUCUUGUGUGUUUUCCCCUGGUAAAAGCACAUUCCUAUUGAUUAAGAAUACAAAAGUCUUUACAGCUUAUAAUUAGUAGAAUUCUUCCUUGUUGGCUUUCUUUUAUUUUGUUUGUGUCUGUGUCUUUCUAUGAAUGUGGCUGUGCUAGACUCAUUGAGGCGGAGUAUUAUCAGAGUUUAUGUAAUGUUUCUGCUUUAUUAAGAACGAACGUUUCAUUUGGUAUGUGUAACUAGACAUCUUCAACCCUGAGAUUACCUUGAUUACAUUGUAAUAAGCCUGCCAUUAGCCAGUAACACAUGUAGUAUGUGGGCAUUUGUGCUAAUAGGUUUAAAACCUUUGUAGCCAAAGAAUAUAAAGAGCUGCUAUUCUACAUUAGUCAGCCAGCACCUCUGAAACAAAGUGCACAAGAACAUGACUUUUUAAAAAUGGAAAGUGCAUUCCUAGCUGCCUGCACUGAACUGAUAGGAAUGUUGUAAGUCGUUAUGCAGUUGUAGUAGAAGUCUGGGUUAAAAAUGUUUAUCCUGCAGCAGAACACUACUGCCACUAUGUACUUUUUUGGUACAGUAAUCUCUCACUGCCAGGUUAUGUCAGAAUGGGGAAAUCACUGUUGAGAAAGUUCCCAAACUCAUUUUAGUGUCAGGAUGCUGCAGUGUUCUCAGACCCCACAUCCCAUACUAUUGUGCAGCUUUCCUGUACUGCAGUGGUUACUAUCUGAGGUCUGCCCUGUUUUACAUACAUUAAGCAAUGAUUUUCAGCCAGACCAUCUCAUACCCUGAGGUACUACUUGUUUCUCCUUUAAUUCCUGUCCUGCAGCAAAAUACAUACUGCUUAAAUCUCCCCAUCUUUGCUGUUUGUGGUCACUACUUUGAUUUCUGGUCACACCUCAUAUUCUAAUGCCUUUGUACUUCUUUUCCAUUCUGUUCUUGCAUCUCACCAUAUCGGAUAGUUCUUGAAAUACAUACACUAUUGCUGAAAUAUUUAUGUACUGAUAUCUGCUCUUUUAGCUGUAUUCAGUGGAGCCAAAUUGCAUUUUGUGCUGUCAACACCACAUUUGUUGCACUGCCCUUAAUGAGUUGUACUUACCUGAAUAUUGAAUUUGGCUUUUAUUCUUAAGGAAAGUUAGUAAUGCAUUGAACAAUAUAAUGCAUUAACAAUUUCAUUCUGAGGUUAAAAUAAACUAGCAUAAUUUGAGGGUUAUGCAGUAUGAUGUACCUCUUGGAUUAACUGUGGGAAAUUGAUAAUUAAAGCAGCUAUUUCCACUACUGCCUUAUGGUUACAAUUGCAUUUCUCUUCAAGUUUAAGACAGGUUAUUGCAAGCACUGAGAGGUCUGACUGCUUCAAGUAUAUCUAUGACUUGUUUUGUUUAUUAACCCAAAGUGGAAUUCUAGCAACUUUAAAUUCACUGAAUAGAAGCAGUGAGGACAAAUACAGGAUGACAGGAAUAACUUAAAACUGACAUUAACUGCAUGUUCAUUUCUAUACUUGGUACAGUAGGUCCUUGCUGUAAAUGGAUUGCUGCUGCCUUGCAAAUGUUUGUCUUCAUAUUUUAUAAAUAAAAAAUAAGGCCUUAACAGAAGUUCCCAGACUUUGGGAAAUAUACUGUUGAAGUGCUGCUGAACCUGACUAAUAACUGUACUACUCUUGAAAGUUCUUUGAGAUUUUUGUUGCCCUUUCAUGUUACUGUGCAGUGAGGUGUAAUAGCGGCUGUUCCGUGCUGUAAUCCUGUUUUGGUGGGGUUAAGUUUGUAGGUUAUUGAUAAUGUGAAACUGAGACAUUUACAUGCAACUUGUAAUAUUAGGUAUGAUUGAUCUGUGUGUGUGUGUGUUUUCUUGUGCUGUAGCUGGAAUAGUCUCACUGUAUAAACCCUUACCCCAUUGGCAAAUUCCCUCCAUAUUGUUCAUGUAUUUUAUGAUGUAAGAUCGAACUUUGGAUGUACUUAUUUCUUUAAACCAUACACAGAAAUAGAAGUUUCUAGCUGAUUCAGCUCACUUAUUUAUUGUGCUGUACUUUGCAUUCCAGACGUGUUAAAUCUGGGAAGAUUUAUUUUGGUUACAUUUGUUAAUGGAAAACAGAAUUACCAGUGGUCACUGUAUUGUUAACCAUUUUCACUGUAUUUUCUUACUGCAUGUGGAAGAGGCAUGCAGAUACUGAUUUUUUAUCACCUAGUUUAGGUGACUGUGUAAAAUUAUUACUCUGCUGAAAUAAAUUGUUGAUUUUAA